GGGUCCAUGUGCACAGAAUGACGUCGCUCUGACUGCAACUCCGACCGACUCCUCCGACUGUUUUUUUUUUAAUUUCUCAUUUUAUUUAUUUAUUUUUUUCCAACUGUAUUUUAUUUUGAAACGCACGGACCCAGAUUCGUUAAUCUGCAAAAUGACGGGCAUAAUAAUGUGAGAUGAAGUGCCGCGGUCGCCCGACCCGCCGCUGCCGUUCGUCCUGUCAGGAGCAGCGGCUCGCUGUGGAGGAUUACUAGCGCUCAUACGCAGCGGACUUCUCCACUGAAUAGCUGUCAAACUGAAAAGUAUAUGUUGGAAACAGCAGGCAGAGCACGUUUGUUGAUGUACAUUGACUUUGCUCCGCGUGUUCUUUUUAUUCCCCCCCUCUUCCUCUGGAUUAUCGCUGCCCAGCAACACAGCCACCUGACAGCUCUAAAUGUCGUAAUUAAGGUGAAUCAAUGAGUCAGCAAUGGAAGCAAAAAGAUACCAAAGCUUCUUUGAUGGAGACGACACAGAGAACAAAUGGUCUCAGGUCCCCAGUGAUAUGGAGUACUGCUGCAAUACAGAUGAUUCCAGUCUGACGAACAGUGAAACCUUGAUGGACAUGGUCAAUGUCAGCUGCUCUGCUGGAAGCCCCAUUGCCGACAGCAAAGACAACAACUCUAACAAACAGGAGCAGCCAAGGCUUCAGCUCGGCAGGGACCAGCCAUUUCUCCUCCCACAUUUCAACAACUCCCUGCAUGGUCAUAAGCAGGAAAUGGACUCCAAGGAGCUUUCCAAGACUGUGGCUGAGUCUAUGGGCCUGUACAUGAACGCUGCCAGGGAGGCUGACUUUGCUUUUAGCCAGCAAGGAGGCAACACAAGUCCUGGGAAGCUGCAUCCAGUUAGUGGACAGCCUCCAGAGGAGAAGCGGUGUGGCUCAACAAAGAGCCCUAAGUUGAAGCCAUUCAAUUUUCAGCACCCUAUCGCCACUCCAAGAGAAUGCCCCUCUGCGGCUCCAGUUAGCUCUGCGUCCAUUUUGGCCUCCUCUCUGUCCUGCAGUCCUAAGACCUCUAGCUCAAUGUCCAGUCCUGGAGGAAGUAACAAUAUGGUGUCAUCUACCACAAGUCCUUCCACAUGUUUUGGACCACAGUGCUCGGCCGUCAGUAGUCCCGUCAGCCAGACCUCAUGUGCUGCAACUCUAGCCAACAUCAAGCGUAGGAAUUCCGUCACAUGUAGCCCUGUAGAGUCCUGCACGGUUGGCUCACCCCCACUUACAAGCCCACUAAAUAUCAUGAGGUCACCAAUGUCCAGCCCUCACAGUAUGAGCAGUGUGAGGUCCCCUCCAUCCUGCAGCACUACAUGUAACAUUAGGUCAUCUGUGUCGAGCCCCACUGGUGGCAGCUGUACCGGUGUCCCCAACAACUGCUGCUCAGUAAGACCCUCAAACUCUAGUCCGACCACAGGGGGCACCUUGGCUGUCAGUAGCCCACAUAAUCCUUCCUCUGGUGGGUUUUCUGAAUCCAGUCCUGCUGGUGGGUUGGGUUUGGUGCAGAACGAUAGCAGCAGCCCAGAGGUCCCGGGGCUGACCAGAGACACUAACUUCAAGAACUUUGAGUUCCCUAAAGUUGAGAUGGUAGGUGGGGAAGUGUUCAGUGUCGGCUUAGAUCAGAUGGGCAUGGUUAAGUAUAUUAAAAACGAGCCAGAAAGCGACUUCAGGAGCAUGUGUUUAGGCAGCUCCAAAUGUAAUACAAGUAGCACACCGUAUAUUACACAGAUUAAGAGUGAACCAAACAAAGGGGAGGGAUGUAUGAAUCAACAGUCCUACGAUGAGCAAUCACCAUCCCUUGAUCUCUUCCCUACGUCUGAUACCACAUAUCUGUCCUUGAGGAAUAACAUUGAUGAAUACAAUCUCUCUGGGAUUUUAGGACCCCCUGUGUCCUCAAUGAAUGGAAGCUAUGAGCCAGAUAUGUUUUCCAGCAACGUCCUGUCAAAGGGGGUUAAGCAAGAAUCAACUGAUGGCAGCUAUUUCCAAGAGAACAACACCAUGCCCACAUCCGCCAUUGUUGGAGUUAAUUCUACCGGACACUCGUUCCAUUACCAGAUUGGAGCUCAAGGAACGAUGUCAUUCACUCGGCAUGAUGUGAGGGACCAGUCCAACCCUUUGUUGAAUCUAAUUUCACCUGUAACGGCGUUGAUGGAGUCGUGGAAAUCCCGACCAGGCAUGCCACACGGGUCAUUUUCAGCCAGAGGUGAAGGGUAUCCAAGUCAAAACUGCAUUGGUGACAACAUGUCCAGCUCAUCACUGAGACAACCUUCCUCAACAGCCAAAGUUUGCCUGGUUUGUGGAGACGAGGCUUCGGGGUGCCACUAUGGCGUUGUGACAUGUGGGAGCUGCAAAGUCUUCUUCAAAAGAGCCGUGGAAGGUCAGCACAACUACCUGUGUGCCGGGAGAAAUGACUGUAUCAUUGACAAGAUCAGAAGGAAAAACUGCCCAGCUUGCCGUGUACGGAAGUGUCUCCAGGCUGGGAUGAACCUAGGAGCCCGCAAAUCCAAAAAGUUGAAGCUGAAGGGAGUCAGCGAAGACCUGCAGAGCUCUAAGGAUGGCCAAACUGCCACAGGUGGCGUUGGAGGCAGUUACCUGACCUCGGAGAAGGAGCUAAAUUCCAGUGCUGCCAAUGCCCUAGUGCCCCACGGGCCUGGGGUGGUCACACCUUUUCUGUCGCCCUCCAUCUGCAGCGUGUUGGAGCUCAUUGAGCCUGAAGAGGUGUACUCUGGCUAUGACAACACACUGCCCGACACAACUGACCACUUGCUGUCCAGUCUCAACCGCCUGGCUGGAAAGCAGAUGGUACGCAUGGUGAAGUGGGCCAAAGUACUUCCAGGUUUCCGGGUCCUGCCCAUAGAGGACCAAAUCACCCUGAUCCAGUACUCGUGGAUGUGUUUGUCCUCCUUUUGCCUCAGCUGGCGCUCCUACAAACACACAAAUGGACAGAUGCUCUACUUUGCCCCUGACCUCGUCUUUAAUGAGGAUCGGAUGAGACAGUCAGCCAUGUAUGACCUGUGUCUCGGCAUGAGGCAAGUGAGCCAAGAGUUUGUUCGAUUGCAGCUGACGUAUGAUGAGUUCCUCUCAAUGAAAGUCCUUCUACUUCUCAGCACAGUUCCCAAAGAGGGUCUGAAGAACCAGGCGGCGUUUGAGGAGAUGAGGGUUAAUUACAUUAAAGAGCUCAGACGUUCGGUGGGAAAAGCAACCAACAACUCCGGCCAAACCUGGCAGCGCUUCUUUCAGCUCACCAAGCUGCUGGACGCCAUGCAUGAUCUGGUGGGGAACUUGUUGGACUUCUGUUUCUACACUUUUCGAGAGUCCCAGGCCUUGAAGGUGGAGUUUCCCGAGAUGUUAGUGGAGAUCAUCAGUGACCAGAUACCAAAGGUGGAAUCAGGCCUCACUCACACAAUCUACUUCCACAAGAAGUGAGUUGCCACCCAAGGCGGGACAGAGCGCCAUUGAGAACUGGAACAAAAGGGGAAGAGAUUUGGAGGUGGGAAAAGGCGCGAGGAAGGCCUGAUCCAUUGGCCCGCAACCGAACCGCCCUGAUUUGCCAGCACGCUCGUUUGGGAUGGAACAUUUUAAUGACGCAAAGGCAAAAACAAAAAGAACUCAGUACAGAAACUUGAAAAAUAAAGGGGAGAUGGAUUCUACCCUGUUGUCAGCAGAGUCACUAUCGUGAUGAAGCAUUCGGAAAUACGCAUCCCUGCCCCAAAGACAAUGACGGUGUUUUCUACGGAGACAAAGCCAUACAUUUCCUAGAAUGCAUUGGAAACAUGGGUUACAUACAUUGAGUAGAGGGCCUUCAACACUGUAGUUCCCAAACACAGACGCAGCACUAAACUAAACCUCCUUUAAACCAAGUCAAAUUUUUUUUACAAAUCUUAACUCCAGGUUAUGCAGUCUCUUUUAAAUGCAGUUAAAGCCAGAAGUUCCAUGCAGUUUAUAAAAAAAAUUAUCUUCCCUCCAUAAUUGCCAAUAAAAUGACAGAUUUAUUUUAUUUAUUUGAUUGUUUGUUGUACUUUAUUAUUUAAAGUCGUUUUAAAUUGUUAACCUUUAUGUCCUUUUAAGCUAGUUACAGCUUGUACAUCAUGAUAAAAUCCCCUGAUAGUAUCGAAGUUAAACUAUUUCAGUCACAUUUUUCCUCUAAAAGCUCCCGUGAAGCAUGGAGGUGUGAGUGUCAUUAUGUGGGCUGGAAGGGCUCCAAAUUCUUUUGAUAUUCUUCCACUCCUCUUAAUUCGGCAAUAUAUGACAAGCAGUUACUUUGGAGGAUUUUUUUUUUUUUAAAGAUGUGUGUAAACCUCUGGUUUAAUAGCACUACAAAAAAAGCCAAUCCUAAGAUUCACUUUGCAGUGUUUGCUAAACAACUACAGGGGAAAGACCUUCCCGGGGAUGCACAGGAGUUUUCAAAUGCACGGCAAAAAGGCUGGAAUUGAAAAUAUCCAAAGGGCUAUUGACAUAAGCGGAUUAAUAUCAAUAAACCCAACAAGUCUGAUUCUUGGUCUGUAUCAAAACACCCUGGACAUUUACAUUAAUAAAACAAACUUUAAGACAAAAAUGUGUAUGGAAACAAUUAAAUCUAAUAUGCAAAAGUCCAAAGCUUCAGCUGUCUGAUGACUAUUUCUCACCAGUGUUUUCAUGAAGGAACUUUUUGGGUUCUUAGUUGAAAUACAGGUAGUUAUAAUGCAACAUUUUACCUUUGUGCUGAAAACAAACAUACAAACAAAAAAAGACGAUGAAAAAAAACAGAUUAGUGAGAAGUGCUGCAUAAUAGAAAUAAUGCAUUUAUGGAAAAUGAUUUCAAUAAUCGUGUGCUGGUAAUGGAUUUGACUGAGGUGCAUCCAUAAUAAUAGCUGUCAUUUGUGUUAUCACCGGAGCAGCUGUCCAAAUGUCUGUUUUUACCCACAAUGAAGCAAAACCAGCCCAUUGUGAACCAACACUUAUCUACUCUUCCCAGAAAGAAAAAGAAGAAGGAGGAAAACCUUUUUUUUUUUAAAUAAAGCCGAAUUGCAAACCUUUCAUUUUUGACAAAGCUCGCCAUUCUACAUAAAGGUGCUUCAUUUCUACAAAGCCAAGCAAGACUUUAACAUGUACAGCAACUUGUAGACAGCCUAUACAGAUUACUAUAAGGACAUCCCAGCUAAACACACAUACUCUGUAAAUUUGACAUUAUUGAAAAGGAACAUUACUCUGCAGUGCUUAUGACAAGUGUGUACAGUGGAUCGCUUCUUACACUCACCCUAUACAGCUGUUGUACAGAUGAUGUUUUGAGGUACCGAAUGCUAGAUGAAGAACAGAUAUUAUCAUGUUGUGUUCCCGAUUCCUAACUUGCUUGGUCAGUUUGUUUUUAUUUUGUUUGUUUUUUGGCAAUGCUUUUGAGUUGAACAGGCCUAGAAUUCUGGACCAUUACCUUUUCUUACACCCAACUGGUUUCUGAAUGGUUGCGAUAAGCUAACAUGAUGCUACUGAGAGGGAAAUGAGUGUGCAGAGGUGUGAUUAAUAUUUGGUUUAUCGUUCUCUGUGAAUGUGUAUGUAUUUUUGUUUUCUUUCCUGGCAAGCAUGUGAACAGCUCAUCUGCUCUUUCAGCGUGGGGAUUCUGCAUAGACGCUUUAGCUUUUAGCCAUAUCCUCUUCCCACUUUUAGAUUUGCACAGAGGAGAAACAAUGUGAAAAACAAGCCAUUAGCGCAGCUAGCAGAAGUUCUCUUUUCCUUUAAGCGACUGUGAUCUCUUAAUUUUUCGGAUGGGGGGUGGCUAAUGCAUGGUCACCCAGAAGAAAGUUAGACAGUACUACAUCUGUGGCCUAAGCUCUCCCAAUACUGUACCAGUUUGCUAUAGUUUCUGUUUGGGGACGGCUAAUUUAAAGGGGUGCACAAUUAUUUAUAGGCUUUAGAAAAAGAAUCACUUCUUUGUUACCAAAAAGGGGGGUAAAAGAGCAGAGGAGGACAUAUGAACCAGUCCACAAAUAAAAAAAAAUAGAUAUAAUCAUUUCUUGGGGAAAGCUUUUAGCAGUCGAGACCUAAAUGUUGGGAAUCUCUAAAACAGCAUCAAUACUCUGUCUUUACACUUCACAUUGUCAUUUAAAAUCACUAAUUCACACCAUUGCAUUAAUUUUCCGACAACAUCCAAUCAGAAAAGUCUCACUAUUCAAUCUACAUUUUCCUUUUCUCCUCCUUUUUUUUUAAUUAUUUUUAUUAUUUUAAAGAAAAACUGUCGGUUCAUAGGAUGAGUGGGAAAGUAUUUUUGAGAGAAUUAUAUUUUGCUGGAAAACAAUAUUUAAGUACUUUGUCUAUAAAUGAUAUCCUUUUUGUAAAAUUAAAUAUAUUGCAUGCUUUUGAUGAGAUGUUUACAUUGUAUUUAAAAAAAGGGAAAUUUGUGCCUUUUUAUCUCACCUGAUUUACAAUUUUACAGUAUAUAUAUAAAUAUAUAUUGUAAAUAGUACAAUAAAGCAAGUCUUUAUGUUGAGUAUAGUAUAAAAACAUUUGUACUUUAACCAUCUUGUUGCAACAUUGGGAGGAUAAAAAAAGCAUUUCCCAGUUGUGUGUUUGUGUCGGCUCGUGGAGCAGAGUUUCUAGUGAAGCGGUUGGCGCUGGAAUGGUCCAAAAUGAGAAAUGAAUGUAUCAUAUAUUGUGAAAGACUUAUGGAACUACCUGAAUGUUAGAGAGAGUACAUUUAUGAUCUUAUUUCGUAAAAUUCUUUAAGUUUAGAUGUUUUGUUUGUUUUUUACUUUUUGCAUUACUGUUAACUUGACUCAAAAAAACGGAGGAAAAAAAAAGUUUCUGAUUUCUAACAAGAUGUAUUAAGUGAUGGAUCCUUGUUGCUGUUCAGAUGAUUUUCUAACCUAUCAUUGUUGAUAAGAACCACAAUAAAGAUAAAAACCAAGACAUCACAGCUGGGAUAUUUCAAGAAAGUUUGAAUUUUUAGCUAAAAACAAAGGGGAAGAGCACACCUGAAAACUGCGCAGUUCAGCCUGGGACCAUCUCCCUCCAGUUAUGAACUAGUCAUAUUGCACUAACUGCCAAAACAAGAUUUAAAAGAAACAUGACCCAAAGACGGCUAGUAAUGGGAUGUUGUCAGAACAGUUUAUGACCCUUCCAUCCUUCACUCCUUCAUGAAUAUAAACAGACUCACAGCUCUGUGUUCUGUUUGGUUUUUCUUUUCCUUUUUUGUAUUUUUUCCCCCCGUUUUGUUAAGAUAUAGUUGCAUUUUGGGAAAUGCACUUAUUCACUGCCUUCGUGAAAACUGGAUAAAAAGAUCAAUACCACAGAAUAUAAAGGCUGCAGUCAGGGAACACAUGAAUCUACAACCAGAGAAUGCAGCAGAUGCUUAAGAUCGAGAUGGAAACAAAAGCUGAGAACAGCUCAAAAACUGAGAACCACAUGUACGGAAAUGAUAAAAAUCUGGAUGUAUUAUGAUCAUGCACCCAAUGAUCACAAUACAUCCUAACUACAUAUCAUGCACACCUCAAAGUACACUUUACUUUGUUGGUCCAGGUUUGCAUCCUUUAUUAGGAUAAAACUGUAUUAACUGGUAAUGAAUAGUUUGAAUUUUUCAGAAAAUUUGGGAAUCAUACUUACUCCCUAAGAUUCCCGUUCUAGUGAAAAGUUGAUCCAGUUUCCAGGUAGACCAGUCUCUUUAAGGCCAGCAUAAUUUUUUUAGUGUUUUUCUGACCAUCUAUGAUGAGUUCAGGUCCAAAAAACUGUGCAGUGUGCGGACGUUUUACUUCUGACAGGUUAAAGGGGAUGUGGAAUAUUUCCUAGGAGUCACAGAUUUCACCAACCUCCUGUAUCUUGAAAUAUUUAUCAAUAGUUCAAAUGUGUUCUUUCAUUUUGUUUUCAUACAACUCAUUCUAACUUAAAUACUUCUAUGUUUUUUGAGAUGUGGGUUUUUCCUAUAUCUCAAUUAUUUUAUUUUUGGUUGUAAAAGCUCUAAGAGCAGCCUUACUGACAGUUAUUUGUCUUAUCUGACUUUUUUUUUAUCUUUACAUCUGCUAAACACUUAAGUUUUUAAAUGUAAUUUAGCUAAUUUCUUUUCAACUUUUUUAAAAUUAGUUUUUACUAUAUCAUUUUAAGCAUUGGAAAUAUAGACUAAAAUAGCCUAAUCGUCAUCGUAAAAGAACAUCAAAUUUAGCAGUAACUCCCUUGCGCAAAAACAAGCUAUGUAAAAAAAAAAAAGAUGUAACAAGGUGUCUGAAAAAGCAACAAGAUAUAGAAUAAAGGAAAACGUUUCAAUUCUCUUUCUGCAAAUGUAAAAAAACAUGUCAAAUAAAUUAUGCCACAGCAUAUUUUUGAUCUGGUCAAACGGAUACAUUUUUUGGCCGUUUUGGGACGCAUGCGAAACGCAUACCAGACAUAAUUGAUUUGUGGAUCAAACUAUUCAAGCUCAUGUUGCAUUGAGCUGCUAUGCUGAUGUGUGUGUUACUGCAGCACAGUUAAAGAAAUGGUAUUGAAACUCUUAUCCAUCUGUCUGGAAGGCGUGAAUACGACAUUUUUCCCAUAAAUCAGAGAAGAACUGAAUCAGAACAUACUGCCAGGUCCCACAGUCAGAAAAAGUCAUGUGGUCUUUGAAAACACACUUCCAACUCAUCUGUUUCUGACAAUAGUGCAUCUCAUUGUGUGUUUGUGGAGUCUCGCAUCAACGCAGCUUUCCUUUCAGAGUCCUGAAUCGGGUGCAGAGAUACUAAAGCCAUAUCUCCACAGCCAUGGCAGUGCAUUACUGACUAAUAUAAACUAAUGCUCUUGUUUUUUUUUUUGUUUUUUUUUCCAGUUUCAAAAAAGACUUUUUACUCAGUACAAUCUAAGCAAACAGACAGCUAACCUCCUUCACCAUAAACCAAUAAAGCAUUUUUGAAACCUGUCACUCUUGUAUAUCUUGAUGCAGAUAUUGCCAUACUUGUGUUUGCACAACUAUUGCAAGAUUCUAAUAAAACUGUUAAACUGA